AUGGGCCGAGAGAGGCAUGCGCCGCCUCCGACAACUACAGCGAACGAGGGUGGCCGGCACAAAAUUAGGCCAAAUCACUUUCAUGACUUGGACGACUUCAUCGAAUGCACUGAUGGAAGCAAUUCCAGCAGGGAUUUGAGAUUCGGUUGGGCCAGCGGCCACGAAGAGAGACUCACCCCCGGAACGAUUGUCUACAUCAGGGACAACCUAGCAAACAGUCGAAUAAAUGACACGGUGAUGCUUGUACUGCGCAGGAGCACCGACACGCAAUCUUCCUUGACAUGUCUGUCCUUCUGUGCGCACCGCGGCCGUAAACUGUCCUCGCUCUACAAGACGCAUCGGCUUGUUGUGCCCCCGGCGCAGCCGGCCCGCACAGUCACAACGUCGCCAAGACAACCGGGUCCUGUCAUCGCAAAUACCAGAGAUGGAGGGCUGAAUUUAAGACGUGUUGAGGUCGAGUUGUAUACCAACGGCUUCCGGCCUAAACCUGAACUGACAUUGAACUGCGAGGAGUUAUGGAAUGUGGAACGCGAAGUCGACGUUGCGGUCAUCGGCGAAGUGACUGCACCAUCGUUUAGAGAAGUGAUCGCUCAUGUAAAGAAGCUGUUCUGUGACUCAUUAGACCAGGCUGUGGAUGAUGGGGACGACCCUUCAGCCGUCGAGGGAGGAGCAGGACCAACGAUACCGCCAGAGGAGGCAGGGAGCGGGACGAAGACCGGCGAAGGGAGCGACGCGGUGAGGGAAGAAGCGGACGCCACGAUGAGGGAACAAGCGGGCGCCACGAUGAGGGAACAAGCGGACGCCAUGAUGACAGGGAGGCCGUCGGAAGAGGUGAACCUAGUGACAAAACUAGGAGGCCAGAUUCACGAGAGAAGGUGA